CUUCCGGCGUAGCCAUGGCGGCUAACGCUACUACGAACCCCUCGCAGCUGCUGCCACUAGAGCUUGUGGAUAAAUGUAUAGGAUCCAGAAUUCACAUUGUGAUGAAGAGUGAUAAGGAAAUUGUUGGCACCCUUCUUGGCUUCGAUGACUUCGUCAAUAUGGUAUUGGAAGAUGUCACUGAAUUUGAAAUCACACCAGAAGGAAGAAGGAUCACUAAAUUAGAUCAGAUUUUGCUAAAUGGAAAUAAUAUAACAGUGUUGGUCCCUGGAGGAGAAGGGCCUGAAGUGUGAGCAGAUUUCCUUGACUUAUGCUAGAUUCUGUGUUGUCUUCUGGUGGCAACAACACGGUUUUUUUUUUUUUUAACUUUUUAAUGUUUAGAUCUCAUAAAGCUAAGUUUUCCGUUCAAGGGAAAUGCUUUGAAGAUAUAUUGUAUACCCAUUUUGUAAGUUAAUCAUGAUUAUUUUGGAAAAAGAAGAAAAGAGUUUGUUUUUUGAAAACUAAAACAAUA